UUGGUGCUCCGUCAGACGUCCGCUUUGCCCGGGUCACGGUGGUGUGCAGCCGCCGAAUGUCUGAGGGUUGCCCCUUCCCGCUUCCUACUGGCUGCUUAGUCGAAAGGGAAAGUGAACUGCAUGUAGUGAGAAGGCGCUGCAAAGGAGUGAAGAGCAUGGCAGAGGAAGCUGGUAGAAACACAUGAUUCCAGUGCCUAGGAUGUUUCUACAAGAAUGGAUGAAGUGCAUCAGCUUGGAUCUCGGGGGCAGGUGCCUUUUAUUUUGGAUCACUCAUUCACUAAGCUGUUGAAGAUUCACCGAGAAGUCUUGGUGGGUCGUAUGACAAACACUGAGUGCGUGCUGAGCAACCUACAGAAACACCAUUAUAUUUCCAAUGAGGAAGCCGAGCUGUCACAGCAGCAGCCAACACAAGCAGCUAAGGUUCGACAAAUAUUGGAUCUAGUUCAGAGUAAGGGAGAAGAAACAGCAGAAUAUUUCUUAUACAUUUUGUACCAAGCCGAUGAGAUUUACCCAGACCUAAGCCAAUGGCUGAAAGAAAUACAGUAUCGGCCCUCAGAACACAUACAGGCUAAAUCCGUAAUUAUUACUGACACUGUCUGCCAGUAUAUUCAAAAGAUCAAACAGGAUCUACGGCAGGACACAAGAUUUGUCACUUCCUAUGUCAGGAAAGAAGACAUUUUAUUGGAGGAUACGUACACUGACACUCUAAUGGAACUAAUCAAUGCAGUCAAUGAAACCAUAGGAACCAUCUCUCACUUGGAGGAUUUGUUCGGUGACACUGGAAUCAUUAACGAAGAUGCAGAAACUGUGUUUGUAACAGGCGAUGCUGGAGUCGGAAAGACCAUACUCCUCCAGCGACUUCAGAACUUGUGGUCAAAGAGUGAGCUCUGUGCUGACGUUAAGUUCUUCUUCAAGUUUAGAUGCAGACUGUUCAACAGCUUUAAGGAGGAAGACAAGAUCUGUCUGCGAGAUCUUCUGUUCAAGUACAAUUGUUACCCUGAUAAGGAUGACGAUGAGAUAUUCAGUUACAUCCGACAACAUCCAGCCACUGUUCUCUUCACACUGGAUGGAUUCGAUGAAAUUAAUGUAGAUGGCGACCUUAGCGAUAUCCCUGAUGUCUCGUCACCCUUUGAGCCCACACACCCAGUAGCCCUGUUGUUGAACCUUCUCCGAGGAAAGUUAUUAAAAGGUUCCAAAAAAUUGUUGACAGCGAGGACAGGCACAAACCUACCUCUGAGGAUGGUAAGGAGGAGAGUGACCCUGAAGGGCUUUUCCAAGGAACAUCUGCUGGGUUAUUUGAAGAAGUUUUUCAAAAACAAGGCUGAUCAAACUUUGGUUCUAACCCAGCUGGAGGCAAACCCUCACCUGUGCAGUCUGUGUUCAGUGCCAUUGUUUUGUUGGAUUAUAUUUAAAUGCUAUGAACACUUCCAGUCCUCAAGUAGUCCUCAGCAGUUGUUGGAUUAUGUUACACUAACUGACAUUUACCUGUUGAUGCUGGAGGUAUUCCUGAAUCGCUCUACCAAGGUGGCAUUGAACAAGCAAAGCAAAAGUCAAAAUGAGACCUUUAAAGCAAAGAAGUGUGCGUUGAUGCGUUUAGGAAAACUGGCAAGGAGAGGAAUUGAAAACAAUAACUUCAUCUUCAGUCAAGAGGAAAUCACAGCUGCUAACAUCUCUGAAGAAGAUUUACAAUUGGGUUUCAUUAAAACUGCAGGCCACUAUGAUGGGUGUGGGAGUCAAUCAACAUAUGAGUUUCUUCAUCUCACCCUCCAGUCCUUUUUCACUGCUUUUGCCUUGGUUGUAGAUGAGGAAAUCAAUGCCAGAGAAACCAUUAAGUUUUUUGCCAAAUGUGAUAACCACAUGAUUGGAGCCCGGGUCAAUAGCCUUUUGCUACAUUGCUUGGGCUAUAACUCUCACCAAGGAAAGGAGCAGUUGGACAUGAAUGAGCACUUGCAGUUCACCAUUCUUUUUCUUUGUGGCCUCCUGUCUAAAGCUAAAAGGGACUUCUUCAAACAUUUGUCUUCUUCGAGAAGCAUCCAAAAGAAGCGCUCAGCACUCAAGUCCUACCUCGCUGAGCGCGUAGAAACACACUUAAAAAUUCUGCCUAAGGCACCAUUUCAAGGCUUUUCUAGAGUACAAGCCUUGCCCCGUUUUAUCUGGCUGCUGCGCUACAUUUUUGAAACUCAGAGUGAAGCGGUGGCCAGCCUUGCAGCCAGGGGGAUUUAUGCCGAUUAUAUCAAACUCACCUUCUGCAAUGCAUUCUCUGCUGAUUGCAGUGCAAUUGCAAACGUUCUGCGCCAUCGUAAAAAGAUGAUCGGACUUGAACUGGACAACAACAAUAUCAAUGACUAUGGGGUGAAAGAACUAGUUCCUUGUUUCGAUAAACUCACAGUGGUUAGGUUGAGUGUAAACAUGGUCACAGACGACGGAGCUAAGGUGCUGGCUGAAGAACUCAUAAAAUAUAAAAUUAUUAAAUAUCUUGGCCUAUACAGGAAUCAAAUCACUGAUGUUGGUGCUGAGUACAUUGCCAAAAUCAUUGAGGAAUGUCCAAGUCUUCAUACAUUAAAAAUUGGCCUCAACAAGCUUACAAGUGUUGGAGGGAAGUUAUUAGCACAAGCAAUUCAGAAAAACAAGGCAUUCAAAGACUUGGGAAUGUGGGGGAACCGGAUUGGCGAUUUGGGUGCUGUUGCCUUUGCCGAAACUUUAAGGAAUCACCCUUCAAUACAAGAACUCAGUCUGGCAGCCAAUGGCAUUUCCACAGAGGGCGGUAAAAGCUUGGCAGCAGCACUGCGAGACAACAGUUCCCUGGAGACAUUUUGGUUGACAGAAAAUCAGUUGAACGAUGAUGCGGCGUUAAUUUUCGCAGAAUCACUCGGGGUGAACAGAAACCUGCUUCACUUAUGGUUGAUAAACAACAAAAUUACUGCCGUGGGUGUUAAGUAUUUCCUAGAAGUACUACCUAAAAAUUCAACAAUUAAAGAGAUAUGCUUGAAUGGCAAUAGCAUAUCUGCUGAAGAAGCCAAAACAUUUGCAGAUGAAAAACGGUUGGUGCUGUGACGGCCAUUUCUCAUGAAAAAUGUACUGGAGGGUUUCAAGUGAAGUGCUCACCAAGUCAUGGAAAUUUCUCCACAUUUUGUUAUUUCUUUUGUGGGUGUGUUGAUAACUCUAAAGGGACUGAAAUUGCCGGAAAAUCAUGGUGCUUUCUACUAGCUCUGAAAGACUGCAGGCAGCUCUUUGACCAUGAGUAACCUGUAGCUAUUGUCUACAGUCCCAAGCAUCAAUGCAAAGGUAUAAACAGAGCUAAGGCAGAUAUUAACGAUGGUUGUUCUUCCAUCACUGAUUCAAAUGGAGAUGUGUUCUGAAGUCACAUGGAUUAGAAAUUCCAUUAUUCAAAUGUGUGCAGGCAAUCAAACAUUUGUAGUUAUUUAUCUUUAUUUAUGCCACUAUAUUCUGGUAGUUUAUAAAAUAAAUUUUGG